AUGUCAUACAACGUCCUCGUAACCGGCUCAUCAGGCCAUCUCGGCACUGCCCUGAUGCUCUCUCUCCCUUCGCUAGGUUUCACACCUCUUGGCAUCGAUAUCCUCCCUUCUGAGAACACGCAGCAUGUCGGCUCUAUUUCCGACCGCGCUUUUAUAACUUCUCUUUUUCAGCAGAACCCCAUUCGUCACGUUCUUCAUGCAGCGACACUUCACAAGCCCCAUGUCGAAAGCCACUCCAAACAGGAUUUCAUCGACACAAACAUCACAGGUACUCUGGUUCUUCUCGAGGAAGCAGCAAAGCUGGGCGAUCAGAUUGAGAGUUUUGUCUUCUUCAGCACAACAAGCACAUUUGGCGCGGCGCUGAGUCCCAAGCCCGGCCAACCCGCAGCAUGGAUCGACGAGACAGUCGUUCCCAUCCCUAAGAACAUCUACGGCGCCACAAAAGUCGCUGCCGAAGAUCUCUGCUUCCUCGUCCAGAAGCAAACCGGCAUGCCCGUCCUUAUCCUACGUACCAGUCGUUUCUUCCCCGAGCAAGACGACGAUGAGGACCGCAGGGCUGCUCUAUCCGACGACAACCUCAAGGUCCUCGAGCUAGCCUACCGCCGCUGCGACAUGGAAGACAUUGUGCGAGCAGCGGUCUGCGCAAUGUCCAAGGCGCGAGAGAUCAAGUUCAGAAAGUACAUCAUCAGCGCACUGCCUCCGUUCUCGAAUGAUGCCGAGACGCUCGCAGCACUAGAUAAGAACCCAGAGGAGGUAUUCAAGGCUGUCGCGCCAGCGUGUGCGCAGGUCUUUAAGGACAAAGGCUGGGCGCACCUGAAGCGCAUGGAUCGGGUGUACGAUUCGAGUAGAGCGGUGGUGGAGUUGAACUGGAAGCCUGUCUACACAUUCAAUCACGUCAUUGAGCUCAUCGCGCAAGGAAAGGAGUGGAAGAGUGAGUUGACGGGAAAGGUUGGGAGGAAGGGAUAUCACGCUGUUAGCCAUGGGGUAUACACUGUUCGAUGA